UCUAUUGCUCGGUGAAAGAAUGUAGUUGAGCUGGUUUAACCACAAUCAUGCUAUAAAAGCUGACAAAUUUCUGAGGAAUCAGAGACCUUCAGUGUCACAUUGGAAGUGCCUCUGAGUUGUGGAAAAUGUGGUUACACAAGCUGGUAGUCCUUACUUUGGCACUAUCUGGAGUAUACUCCAAAUGUGAAGAUGCCUCUAUUUCCGAGAAAAAACAAAAUAUUCUGAACCUGUUGGCGUGUUGGGAUGAAAGCUCUGAAAGUGACUAUGGGUCUUAUUCUGGGAGUCCUACUGGUGGGUACAGUGUAUACAGGAGCUGCAAGGAAAUCAAGAACUCUGAUAAACAUGCAAAAGAUGGGAUAUAUACGCUAACCACUGAAGAUGGAGUGUCAUACCAGACCUACUGUGAUAUGACAACCAAUGGAGGAGGUUGGACAUUGGUGGCAAGUGUCCAUGAAAACAAUAUGUUUGGUAAAUGUACAGUGGGAGAUCGCUGGUCCAGCCAGGGAGGAGACGAUAUCAACAACCCCAAAGGAGAUGGCAACUGGGCCAACUAUGCCACCUUUGGUCUACCUGAUGGAGCUACAAGCGAUGAUUAUAAGAAUCCUGGCUAUUAUGAUCUUACUGCUGAAGACCUGGGCUUGUGGCACGUUCCCAAUGAUACACCCUUGACACAGUGGAGGAAUGCCUCUCUUCUGAGAUACCGCACAGACAAUGGCUUCUUUAAGCAAGAAGGUGGUAACCUCUUCAAGCUGUACAAUAAAUACCCAGUAGUAUAUAAUGUUGGUGGCUGCCUUGCACAAAAUGGACCCGCUGUUCCUGUAGUGUAUGACCGUGGAAGUGCUGAGAAGACAAAGUCAUAUUAUUCACCCAAAGGAGCAAAGGAGUUCACUGCUGGUUAUGUCCAGUUCCGGGUUAUUAAUACAGAAAGAUCUGCCCUGGCUCUGUGUGCAGGAGUGAAGGUGACAGGAUGCAAUCCAGAACAUCAUUGCAUUGGUGGAGGAGGCUACAUCCCAGAAGGAUUCCCCAGGCAGUGUGGUGACUUUGCAGCAUUUGACUGGGAUGGUUAUGGAAAACAUAUUAGAUGGAGUACCACCAAGGAGAUAACUGAAGCAGCCGUCCUCCUCUUCUAUCGUUAAUGUAUGCAAGUUGUCUAUUUUGUUAA